AUCAAAAUUAAAAUGCCAAGACGUAUUUCAAGAAAGCCACUAGCCCAAAAAAAUAAAAACAUCGAUCCAGAUGCUUCGCUUAUAGCUGAUGGUAGUGAUGACAGACUUUUGAAGAAAGAAGCUUUCCUUAGAGAUUUCGAUCUUCAGAUUGAAAGAAGAAUAUUGGGGAUGGAAACAGAAAAGAAAUCUAUCAUUGCAGAUAUCAGUAGAAUGUUUACAACACAAAAACUACUGAUAAAAAAGGAAAUAAGAUCAAUGAAAAUUAAUGAUUUUAUAAAUGCUGGUGGGGAUUUGAAAAGCUUAGAUUUCACUGAGAUUUCUUCUGCAGUAUCUGAAGAUGUUAGUUUUCAUGACAUUCCACAAGAAGAGGAAGCUGAUGUCACAUUUAAAGCACCUAUGUCAACUGUGAAAAGAUCUACUCGGAAAAGGGGUGCUGCACCAGUGGGACCAUCACCAUUAGUAAAAGAUGCACCAUUGACAAGAAGUCGUACUGGGAAAGGAACCACCAAAAAAAUCAACCAAACACCUAUGUGUGCAGGUAGAGGUAGAACUGUGAUGGAGACGCCAAUGAUUACACCGAAAUUUGAUCCCAGGAAACCAUUAACUACUGCAAGAGAACCAAAGAUGGGAGAAACUUUGUUAUCUCUUGCUGGUUCUCCUGUAUUGCAGAAUAGCAGAGACAUCACUACAAAUAAUGAAAAUGUGGUAUCGCUAUGUUUAAGUAAACAGCAAACAUAUCUGGGAGGUAGCUUAUUCGAGAUGUCAAUGAGUCCAGGCACAUUAAUGGCAAGCAAGGAUAGACUUCAAGAAGCAAUGAACGCAAUAAAUUCGCGCUUGGAAGAUCUUGAUUCUCAGUUGUCAUCCAAACUGAAUGACACAUAGUCACGUGUCAAUCAGUGAACGAAUUUUUACACAAGCAUUUUUUUUUUUUACUUUACUAUUUUAUUAUAUCAUAUUUUGUUAAUAUUUUUUGUUACCUUAUGUGGAGGUGCGGUUGUUUUGCAGCGAUUGGAUGUGGAUUACAGAGAAACUUUUAUGUAAAGUAUUGAUUAUACCGCAGAAUGAUAUUCGAUUCAUCAAAGUUUCUUCUUCUUCGUGCGAUGAGAGAGUCAACUAUUACACAAUAUUUAACUUUUUAAUUGCACGAUGAGAGAAUUUAUCUAUGAACAGCUAAAAUUAGAAUAAAAACAUAGAUCAUUGAGCCGGAUUCAAGUCGCUCAAAAUUGAAAUUUAAACAACGUUUAAAACGUGCAAUAUUUUGUCAAAAAUGUUGGUACCUGUAAAUAAUAACACGAAUAAUUACUUACAUGGGAAUUUGUGUUAAUUUCACGGCUUUAGAAAAAUUUCAGAAUUAAAAAAAAAUUACGACACAUCUCUUAACAUGACUGAUUCGCGAAAAUUAAUCUUCGCGAAAUGCAUAUUGUAGACCUCGCGAAAGUUAAUCCACGUGAGAUACGAAUUAUAACUUAUAUAAUUAUAAUUACAACAUAUUCUUGUGUACUGUAUGCCUUCUUAUAAUUAACAAAUAAAAGUUGAAGAGGUAACAACAAGUA